AUGUUUGUGUACAGCAUAUUUAUGGAUGGUGAAGUUAAUGAAACGUAUUUAACUCUAGACGGACAUGUAGAGUUGUAUAAAUACAGGUAUCUGUAUUUUGUUGUCACACUGACUGUGUAUAUUUUUAUUGUUAUUUCUAACCUGACCAUUGUGUAUGUUAUAUGGACGCAUGAAAACCUCCAUGAGCCCAUGUACGUUUUCAUCGCCGCUUUGCUUCUGAACUCUGUUGUUUUCAGCACUAACAUCUAUCCCAAACUGCUGUCAGAUUUUCUAUCUGAGAAACAGAUUAUAUCAUAUUCAGCUUGUUAUGUGCAGUUUUUUCUCUACUAUUGUUUGGGCGCUUCAGAGUUUUCACUGCUGGCAGCAAUGGCCUACGAUCGUUACGUGUCGAUAUGUAAACCUUUACAAUAUGCAACAAUAAUGGGGAGAAACACGGUUAGUAUUUACUUGAGUUUAGCUUGGCUGGUGCCUGCUUGUCUGAUUGCAGUUAUGGUAAUACUGAAUGUGAAUGUAAAGCUCUGUAAAUAUAAUAUAAAUGGAAUUUUAUGUAAUAAUUCAAUCUACGGUCUCCACUGUGUAGACUCGAAGGUGCAAACUGUGUUUGGUGCUGUUGUGCUGGUCUUGACUCUGUUGUUUCCUCUGCUUUUCAUCGUUUUUACUUACAGCAGAAUAUUGAUCAUGUCCUAUCGUAGCUCUAAAGAAGUCAGAAAGAAAGCUGCUCAGACCUGCUCGCCCCACUUGCUGGUGCUGAUCAGUUUCUCCUGUUUGUGUGCGUUUGAUGUCAUCAUAGCUCGACUGGGAUCCAACCUUACAAACUUAAUCCGUUUAAUAAUGACUCUACAGGCAGUUUUGUAUCAUCCUCUAUUUAAUCCAAUCAUAUAUGGUUUAAAAAUGAAGGAGAUAUCUAAACAACUGAGAAGGUUGUUUUCUAAAGCUAAAGUAAUGCACUUCUAA